GAGCCAUAUCUGACAUCCUCGCUCACUGAAAGAAGGAAGGACUGAUACAAAGCCAGUGCGUCCGAGCAGGAGAGAAAGAGGGGAAGGAGGGAGGGAGGGCAGAGGGAAUAAAUGCAAAAAGACCGGCAGAGAAAAAAGGGUGAAAAAGAUGCACAAAAGCUGCAUCAGUUCUCGUCCGCAAGGAACAAAAAACAUUGUGUGUUCGUGAAUGGGAGCUGGUGAGCUCAAGCACAAGGCGAGUGCAAUGAGAAACCAGGCAGACUUUACUCUUUGGUGUUGCUGAGCACCAAUCCUCUCUCCCUCUAUCUGUCACUCCCUGCCAGCUAGGACUGAGCCUCGUGUGCAAAGUGGAGACGCCUGCUGCUUUCAGGGCUGCUCCCUUCCCUGCUAUCUCUGGCUGUGUUUGGGCUAUGGUCCUGACUGAGAAGCAGAGCAUUGCCCAGAUGCGGGGCUUUGACUGAAUGGGGGGUUAAGCCUGUAAACACCAGCAUGGGAGCCAAACAGAUGAAAUGCCUCAGCUCAGCCAGCCCUGCUCACUCCCCGAAAGAGGAGUAUGUUAUCACCCAGUCCACUGACACCCCGAAAGAAGAAACACUGUAUGAUCAGUCUGAGGACCAGGGGGAACUUCAGGAUGACAAAUCUGAGCUGACAGAGAAGAAAUCUGUCAUAGAAGAUGUGUCUCUGUGUGGAUUGUGUCCCUCCCUCGGGCACGAUGUGCAGGAAGAAGAGAAGUCCUGGGAAGAGCAGCUGGACGCCCACCAAGAGCAGCUGGAGAAGGAGAUGCAGGAUGCCAGGAGGAUGGUGUUCCGCCUACAGGGGUUGCUGCUCCAUGGCUGUCUCCAGGAGGACAGGAUGGUCUGUGAGUUCGGAGAUAACCGCGUGGCUAACGCGAACAGCAGCUGGACGGUUCUAAUCCGCAGUCGUCUGGACCAAAGCAUGGAGGAAGCCCUUGAUCUUAAGAGGGAACUCCUGAGAAACAAACAGGAGGCACGCCACCUUCAGGCCAUCAGGGAUGCUCUGCAGCAGCGCCUGGCAGUGCAGGAGGAUGCGGUGCUGCAGCUAAAACAGGAACUACUGAGGUGCAACAUGGCCAAAGAUCAGCUGGAAGGGGAAAAUGCAGAGUUUAGUCGCAAGUUGAGUGAACGGAACAAAUUACUUAGUGAAUAUGAGCAGCAGCUCGGGAGGAAGGAAAGAAUACUGCAGCAGCAGCAGCAAAAGCUUGAUGAAGCUCAACAUAAAGCACAUGAAGUCGGCCUUGGACGGUCAUUCAGGAUUGAAAGCGGUGGGUACAAUAACUCAGUGGCUUUGACAUCUCCUGCAGUAUUCCAGCACACUGCACCUGGAGAAGAGCUGCAGCUGGUCAGGGAGGCGCUGCGUAGUUUGAGGGACAGCUUUUCUGGCCAUGACCCCCAACAUCACACCUUGGACACCCUGGAGCAGGGCAUGUCCAGUCUCAUGGACCGACUACACACUUUGGACAGCCAGCGCAGACAGGACAGAGGGGAGGAAUUUAAAUCACCGGGACGCAGAGCUAACUCGACAGACCGUGACUCCUGGCCGCAGAGCUCAAAAAUAGCGCACUCACACAGCAGCCCCGGACUGGACACCACCGUCUCCACUAAAGUGCUCUACUUCACUGAUCGCUCGCUCACACCGUUUCUGAUUAACAUACCAAAAAGGCUGGGUGAGGUGACACUGCGAGACUUCAAGGCCGCUGUGGACAGACAAGGGAGUUUCAGAUACCACUUCAAGGCCCUCGAUCCAGAGUUUGGCACAGUGAAAGAGGAGGUAUUCCAGGAUGGAGCAGUCGUGCCUGGCUGGGAAGGGAAGAUUGUAGCGUGGGUGGAGGAGGACCACGGAGAGAGGAGGUAGAGCUCAAAGUCCCAAUAUCACCACUACAAACCUCAGUUGUCCCCACUGGACCAUGAAUUCACUGAAAAUACUUGUGAUGCCAUAAUAGAGAAGUUAUAAUACAGUUAACUGGGACCAAUGGGUAUAACACCAUUUCGAUACAAAACCAUGUUUUCAAAGUGAAUGUUUCAUAUAAAGAAUUUGACUUGUCAUUUGGGUACCACUUUUGUUAAAGGAAUGGAUAUUAUACAUUGUUUGCAGCUCAUAAAUUAAUGAAUAUGUGAGACUAGCAGUUAAUGGUCAGUAUUAUGAUACUUGAAAUAUGAAAUAUGAAAGCAAGUUAAUGUGAUUUCCAAUAAAUAAAACAUAAUAAGCUGUGCUCUAAAAAGCUGUAAUCAGUGCAUAGUAUGCAAACCUUAAAAUAAAUGUUUACUGACAUUGUUCACAUGUUCCAGAUUGCCAAAUACAUGUUGUUGUUCUGCAUCAAUUUUAAUGUUUUAAUAAAUAUGAAUUAUUGCAUG